GGAUGCUUUAAAAUGCUGCCAGAGAGGGGAAGUCUUACACUUUCAAGAAAUUUUCUAAUUGCGGUUGUGCUGUGAGCUGCAAGAAUAGGUGCUUUGUUUUGAGGAAAGGAGCAUAAGAACGGAUUAAAUACACGUUUUCGGUUUUAAAGUUGUUGUUAGAGUGGUUCUGGGCUGUUUCAGUUGUUAUUCUGAAUUUUAAAAUUCUUCUUAAAAUACUGUGCUUAAGGGUGUGUGAGUAAAGGGAGUGACACGAUUUGUCCUUAUUGUAUCAGGUGCUUUGAGACAGGGCACCCCCACUUUUCUGAUGGUGAUCGUUGGUGGAAGGAGGUUGGGUUUUGGUUGUUUGCCCAACAUGUGAAGAAACAAGUGAAAAAAAAAUAAGAGAGCUUGAGAACAGUGUGGUUUGUGGGAAGACAAAAGAGUGCAAGUCAGAGUGGGGAAGAAAGAGGGGAAAAAUGGGAUGAGAUUCUGCUGGUAUCUCACAUGUUUCAGGAUUUUUGCAGUUGUGAUGGGGAAGAACAAGUUUAUUGAAAAAGGGCUGGGGGACACUGAAGAGCUUUGGGGACCAAAUGAAGUUUAAUUUGCUAAUUCACUAUUCCUGGAGGGAUAUGGGGAGAGCAAAAGCUUUUCUUAGGUGAUUGAAGAUCAGCUGCAGAAGAAGAAAUCAAGAGCUCAGAAAGGCUGAGAGUUGGCAGAAGCAUAAGUUGGAGAGGAGUCCAGGCCAUCCCUUGUGCCCACAGAAAGAGGGAAUCCUGCAGGCAUGGCUUUAAUGUGGGCUGGAGAUCUGCAGAGCUUGAGAGAGAAGUUUUUUAAAGCAUGUUCUGCUCAGUCACUGGAGAAGCUGGAUGAAAUCCUUUAGGGAAGAGCACUUAGAUAUGACUUCAGAUUUUUGAAAGUGUCAGAAAUCCCAGACAUGGAGUAGCAACUGUGCAGCUACAAAAGUCAAACUGAAUUUCUUUAAGCAUGGAGUGGGAGAUUCCAAAACAACCCGGUGCUCUGAAGAGGAAGCUCCAGUCACCACAUGGAAACCCACCUGAGAAACGCCAGCGGAAACCAUCCCUGAACACCUUCAGGAAAGGUGCCACAGAGGCUGACAGGAGGGGGAAGGGGAAUCCACCACAACAGCCAGUUCCCAAGAAGCAGCUGACUGACAACCGAAAUGAAAGCCAGAAGAGCAGACCUUUCAUUAAGACAUCCAGCCUGUUCAAAAACAACCCAGAUAUCCCAGAAAUUCACAGAAAAGCAGUGCAGCAAGUGCAAGAAAAUGUUUUCACUACGGAUUCUUUCAGCCAGUUGGACCUCCAUCCUCAUCUGAUCUCCACCAUAAACACUGUCCUGAACAUAAGUAGCAUGACCAGUGUUCAGAAGGAAACAAUUCCUGUGCUCCUGCAAGGCAGAGAUGCUCUGGUGAGAUCUCAGACUGGCUCAGGUAAAACUCUUGCCUAUGGGAUUCCACUUGUACAGUCUUUGCAAGGAAUGGAAUCCAAAAUACAGCGCAGUGAUGGCCCUUAUGCACUUGUACUCGUCCCAACAAGAGAGCUUGCACUCCAAAGUUUUGAUACAAUGCAGAAACUGCUCAAGCCAUUUACCUGGAUUGUGCCUGGAGUGCUGAUGGGGGGAGAAAAGAGAAAAUCAGAAAAAGCCAGAUUACGUAAAGGGAUAAAUAUCCUCAUUUCCACCCCUGGUCGCCUGGUUGAUCACAUCAAGUCCACAGAAUGUAUUCAUUUCCGUCACACUCGGUGGCUCAUUAUUGAUGAAGCAGACAGGAUCCUGGACCUGGGCUUUGAGAAGGAUGUGGCUGUGAUACUCAACACUUUAAAUGCCCACAGGGAGACACGUCAGAAUGUCCUGCUGUCAGCCACCCUCACAGAAGGAGUAACUCGACUGGCCGAUAUCAGUUUGAAUGAUCCCGUCAGCAUUUCCAUAGCAGAUGAAAUCCAGAAGGUGCUCAAACCAGCAUCACAAAAGGAUAGAGAAGCCAGUAGUUCAUCGAACUGCACGGAGCAGGAAAAUUUUGCUGUUCCAGAGAAGCUCAAGCAGUAUUUUGUGAUUGUCCCCAGCAAACUGAGGCUUGUCACAUUAGCAGCUUUUAUCCUUGGGAAAUGCAAGUUUGAAAAACACCACAAGAUGAUCAUCUUUUUCUCCAGCUGUGAACAAGUGGAAUUCUACUAUGAUCUCCUUGUAAAGGUCCUUGCAGGAGGGCCAGAGUUGGAACAACCUGGACAUUCAUCUCCCUCCUCCGUGUCCUUACAGUUUCUCCGUCUGCACGGCGACAUGGAACAGGAAGAAAGAACAGAGGUCUUCCAGGAGUUCCUAAAAUCCAAGACCGGGGUCUUGCUUUGCACUGAUGUUGCAGCACGGGGACUAGACCUGCCUCAAGUUACAUGGAUCGUACAGUGCAACGCUCCGGCUUCACCUGCGGAAUACAUCCACCGGAUCGGGAGGACGGCUCGCAUUGGCUGCCACGGGAACAGCCUGCUUGUCCUGGCGCCUUCGGAGGCAGGAUAUGUCAGCUUGCUGGCUUCUCACAAGAUUAAUGUUUCAGAGAUGAAGAUGGAGAAGGUGUUAACCAGCCUGAUGAAAGAUGAUCGCUUCAAGUUGCACAGACCAGGAAGGAAGAAAUCCUGUGGCACCAACCCUCAGGAAGUCCGGGAGAGGGCCACGGUCCUGCAGACCAAAUUUGAAAAUCACGUUCACUCCAGCGAGGGGACGGUCCGGUGGGCAAAGAAAGCACUGCAGUCUUUCCUUUGUGCCUAUACCACCUACCCCAGGAACCUCAAGCACAUCUUCCACAUCAAGUCUCUCCACCUGGGUCACGUGGCCAAGAGCUUUGGCCUGAGAGAUGCCCCCCAGAACCUGACUGCUCUUCCAGCUGCAGGCUCAAAGAAGAAAACCAAGCCAAGACCAAAAAGGUCUGACCUGCUCAAGAAGACCCACGGCAAACGUCGCCUUGCCGAGAUCCUGCGCUCUGAAUAUUCCAGUGGGAUGGACACCAAGGUCAGGAGGAAGAAAAAGCGGAGGAAACCUGGCAACCAGCAGAUUCCAACAUAAGCCAGGACCUCCCAGCCAUUGGCUGUAAAACCUGCUUGAGUGCCUCAGCCGGGGGGCAGGGUGACCUGCCAAACCAACUGAGGAGUGUUUCAAUUUAUCAGGCAAAUGUGGGAGGGAUCUGGGGCCCGUGGCCUCCUCCCCUUCAUUCCAUAGGUCCAAGUGGAAUCGAAUCCAGGCGUGUCCUGUUGUACUGCUGCAAUUAAACGUGGCCUCCUGAAGA